UUACACAUAUGGCAAUGCUGCUCUUGGAGACAGUUGGGUCUUCUUGAGGCGGACAGGCUCAAGGCAACACCAUCAUGUCGCUCAGCUGGUCGGGGAAAGACCAAAAAAACGCAAAUCAACCCGCUGCCACCGGGCAGAAGCGACCGCGUAAUGACGCGGGGAAUAAAGUGACCGUGGUGCUCGGUGCGCAAUGGGGAGAUGAGGGGAAAGGGAAGGUCGUGGAUUUACUGGCCACCGAAGCUGACAUUGUCUGCAGAUGUCAGGGCGGGAACAAUGCAGGACACACAGUGGUAGUGGAUGGGAAGGAGUACGACUUCCACCUUCUCCCCAGUGGGAUCAUUAAUCCCAAAAGCAUAUCUCUUAUUGGUAAUGGAGUAGUUAUACAUCUACCUGGUUUGUUUGAAGAAGGGGAUAAAAAUGAGAAGAAAGGUCUGAAAGGCUGGGAGAAGAGACUCAUUGUCUCAGACAGAGCUCACCUUGUGUUCGAUUUCCACCAGGUUGUUGAUGGCUUACAGGAAACUGAAAGACAAGCGCAAGAAGGAAAGAACAUUGGAACUACCAAGAAGGGCAUUGGACCUGCAUACUCCAGCAAAGCAUCUCGCACUGGUCUACGCGUAUGUGAUCUCCUGGGUGACUUCAAGGACUUCUCUACUAGAUUCAAGAAUCUUGUCCAGCAGUAUCAGUCCAUGUAUCCAUCCUUGACAGCUGACGUUGAGGACCAACUGAAAAAACUAAAGGAAUUCGCUGAGAGAUUGCGGCCGAUGGUUAGAGACGGUGUUUAUUACAUGUACGAAGCUCUUCAUGGCCCCCCUAAGAAAAUUCUGGUUGAAGGGGCCAAUGCUGCUCUGCUUGACAUCGACUUUGGAACAUAUCCUUUUGUGACAUCAUCAAACUGCACCGUGGGAGGAGCAUGCACCGGUCUCGGCAUCCCUCCGAUGAAUAUUGGUGACGUGUUUGGCGUUGCAAAGGCCUACACGACCAGAGUCGGCAUUGGAGCCUUCCCCACCGAACAGCUCAAUGCAAUAGGAGAGCUGCUGCAGACGAGGGGUCACGAAGUGGGUGUGACCACGGGAAGGAAGCGACGUUGCGGCUGGCUGGAUCUGGUCAUCGUCAGAUAUGCUCACAUGAUUAAUGGUUUCACUGCCAUUGCUUUGACAAAACUUGACAUUCUGGAUGUGCUGGAUGAAAUUAAAGUUGGAGUUGCCUACAAACUCAACGGGAAGAGAAUUCCUCACUUUCCAGCCAACAUGGACGUUUUGCAGAAAGUGGAGGUUGAAUAUGAGACCUUUCCAGGUUGGAAGACAGACACUUCAGCAGCUAGGAAGUGGAAUGACCUUCCAGUCAAGGCACAAAACUACAUCCGCUUCAUUGAGAACCACAUUGGAGUUCCUAUCAAGUGGGUUGGCGUUGGAAAGUCCAGAGAGUGCAUGAUCCAGAUGUUUUAAGUCUUUAUCCCACCCCUUCCCUUGAUGGAAGCACUGGCAGUGUGUCAAGUUGAGGCAUGUUUCUCCAAGUUACCUUCACUACAUUAUAUAAUAAACAAAUAUAUAAGCUUUGAUCCACACUGACUGUGUUUGUUGUGUUGUAGUUAAAUAUCCCACUGUUUUUGUGAGUCAAAAUAUUGGAUUUAUAUAUACAUUUAUAGCCAUGUCGCAAAUUAAAAACGUGGAUGUGUUUCCAUGAUCCAAUAAAGAAAAUGUUUUAUGAUAAUCUGA